AUGGAAAAUAACGAUUUAAGUAAAUAUGUAAAUUUGCCUUUCGGUGGAGAAAUGGAUGACAAUGUAGUAAUGUCUGAGGAAAUGGGAAACGUUUCCAUGUCACAAUAUAUAAAUGACACCGAAAGACAUGAUGAACAAUCCCUUGGAAAUUUAGGUGGUGCCACAAUAGAAAACGGAAAUGGUUUUACAGUUGAAGAUUUGAAUUUUAUACAUUUUGAUGACUUUGUUCACUCCUCUGAUACUAUUGCUGUGACUGACGGUCCACAAAUAAUAUGGAAUAUCAGUGCAACGCCAGACGGUCAAAUAUCUUCACAAGAUUGGAAUACAUCUUCUCUCGUACUUCAUGAUUCUGUACAAACAGUUCAGGAUAACAAUGCCCAAUCGAUGUUGAUAAAUCCUGAAGCAGCAGCUACACAGUUUCUUAUCGAUCCCACUCUAAUGACGCAGCCUCAACAGCCUAUACAAGUUCAACAGGGGCAUUCUUACGGAACUCGGUUCGCAAAUCAAAUGCGUCCUACCCCUGGGAUUCAACCUCGGCAAAGAAGACAAAGACCUAAAAAGGGUCAAGGAGAAACUGAUGAUGGACCUUACUGUAUAUGUCGUGGUCCAGCUUCCGGAGUUAUGGUUGAAUGUGAUUCGUGCAAUGAGUGGCAAGUUUUAAUUUCAAUAGUGAUUGCAAAAAAUAAAUUAUUCAUAACUUUUAUAAAUGCCUGGCCCAAGGCGCAGGAAGUGGACAAAUACCAUUGCCCAAAAUGUCAAGUAGAAAAUCCUUCACUUAUUGGUAUAAUCAAAG